UUGUGACUACUUCCCACGAGCGAGGGGCCAUGGAAUACAGGAUAACUACAAUGGGGGUCCAACGUGCAAUUCGACAUCGAAUUUGAACUUGAACCUAGGGUUAUUUAUUGAGAAAUUCAGCGUCCGCUCCUCUUCCCUCUCUCUUUCUCUCUCUCUCUUUCUCUGAGAAUUAAAUGCAGUCGCUGGGGAAACUCACCCACCGCUCCCGCAUCUCCAAAAAAAACCCUAACCCCACAUUCCUCUCCAUCAUCAUGCUACAAAACCCUCUCCUCCCUCCUCUCCCCUCCCCACAAUGUCCUCCUCCUCCUCAUUCCUCUCCACCAUCAGCAACCUCGGCCUCGGCUACGCCAUCGCCAUCUCCCUCGGCUUCCUCGUCCUCCUCUCCUCCCUCCUCCUCGCCUCCUACCUCUGCCGCCGCCGCCGCCGCCUCCCCACAAACCCUAACCCUAACUCCAACGCCUCCGCCGCCGCCAGUGGCGUCGCCGUCCCCCGGAUAAUCUUCGUCGCCGAGGACGACGACGACGACGACGACCGGCGCGGCGGCGGAGGCAGCGCCGCCGCAGGGCUCGACCCCGCGGCGAUCGGGUCGUACCCGAAGUUCCCGUACUCCGCCGCGAAGGGCCUCGGCGGAGACCCCACGUGCUCGAUCUGCCUCUGCGAGUACCGGGAGGGGGAGAUGCUGCGGAUGAUGCCCGAUUGCCGCCACUACUUCCACCUCCCCUGCAUCGACGCCUGGCUCGGCCUCAACGCCUCGUGCCCCGUUUGCCGCACCUCGCCGAUGCCCACGCCGCUCUCCACGCCGCUCUCCGAGCUCGUACCGCUCUCGCAGUACGCCGCCGAUCGGCGGCGGAGGUGAUCUCCGGAUCAGGUUCUACAUCUGGCAAUCUUUCGAUAUCUCUUCCUUUCAACUCUGUACAUUUUAAAGUUUAGUCCCUUUUUACAUUGUGUUUCUUAUAUAGGUAAAUCUAGAGUGCUAUUUUAGUUCCGCAAUCAUGUGAUUGUGACGUAGGUAGGUGGUGUUUCCCAGGUUUCACUACUCUAGGGUUUGCAAUUGUUUUAGUUUAAUUUAUUGGAUUGUUUCUGGCAUUGUGAGUUUUUUAGCAGGAUUAGAGCCAUGGCCGAGUAUAUGAAAUUUUUGAAUGAUAUAAAUGUGAAAAUCAUUUUGAA